AUGGAUAGUACAGAUAAUUGUGACAAUGGAGAACUCAAUGAUAUACUACCAGAGUAUUUAAAUACUUUAAAUCGACCAAAUUUCCCACCAUAUAAAUUGAGUUUGAGAUUAAAUUGUAUUGUCAUGCUUCUUCGAAGAAUAAGUACAAAUGAAGGUUUAUGUAACGGGACAAGAUUACAAAUAUUAGAUCUUUCGAAUAAUCUAUUGAAAUAUAGAAUUUUAACUAGUGAUAAAGAAAAUGAUAUAGUAUUUAUCCACAGAUUUACUUUAUAUUGUGAAAAUGUUUAUCCUUUUACAUUCAAACGAAGACAAUUUCCAAUAAAAAUAGCGUUUGCGAUGACUAUAAAUAAAAGUCAAGGACAAACAUUCGAAAAAGUAGGAAUUGAUCUUAGAAAGGAUAUAUUUAACCAUGGAUAA